UCAAAACUGCGAUCCUCUCGGAAUCGGAACUUGACCAUUUUGUCUGCGGUUCUUCUGCGCCGCAUCGACCUUGGUGGCUACUUGCUACUAGCUAAGCAUGGCGGGGAAUGCGUGGAGGUCAGCGAUUGUUAAGCUACUCAGAAAAUGGAGUUUAUCGAUCAGUGGCCAGGAUAAAAUCAAGGCAAAGGAAGCCCAGCAUGUGGCAGGAGCCUUGAGAAAAGAGAGCAAGACAUUCUCCCGUGGGAUGCAAACGGUGACUUUGAUCCCCGGUGAUGGAAUCGGACCAGAAAUCUCCGCUGCUGUCAUGAAGAUAUUUGACGCAGCUCAGGCCCCUAUUCAGUGGGAGGAGAGGAACGUUACAGCCAUUAAAGGUCCUGGGGGGAAAUGGGUGAUUCCUCCAGAUGCUAAAGAAUCAAUGGAUAGGAACAAAAUGGGUCUGAAGGGUCCUUUGAAGACGCCAAUUGCUGCGGGUCAUCCCUCUAUGAAUCUUCUCUUGAGGAAAACCUUUGACCUCUACUCCAACGUGCGCCCUUGUGUUUCCAUCGACGGCUACAAGACGCCCUACACUGAUGUGAACCUCGUCACCAUCAGAGAGAACACAGAGGGGGAAUACAGUGGGAUUGAACAUGUGAUUGUCGAUGGAGUUGUGCAGAGUAUUAAACUCAUAACGGAGCAAGCCAGCCAACGCAUUGCCGAGUACGCAUUUGAAUAUGCGAGAAACAAUAAGAGGACCAGUGUCACUGCGGUUCAUAAGGCUAACAUCAUGCGCAUGUCGGAUGGGCUCUUCCUCCGAAAAUGCAGAGAGGCCGCUGAAAGGAAUAAGGAUAUUAAAUUUACUGAGAUGUACUUGGAUACUGUGUGCCUCAACAUGGUACAGGACCCUACACAGUUUGAUAUUCUGGUGAUGCCAAAUUUGUAUGGCGACAUCCUGAGUGAUCUUUGUGCUGGACUUAUUGGAGGACUCGGAGUGACCCCUAGUGGAAACAUUGGCGCCAAUGGUGUUGCCAUUUUUGAGUCUGUUCAUGGAACAGCCCCGGAUAUAGCAGGAAAGGACAUGGCCAACCCCACCGCUUUGCUGCUAAGCGCGGUUAUGAUGCUGCGCCACAUGGGCCUGCACGACCACGCAAAGAAGAUCGAGACCGCCUGUUACGACACCAUUCGGGACAAAAAGGUGCUCACCGGAGACCUCGGAGGGAAGUCAAAGUGCUCCGAAUUUACAGAGGCCAUAUGUCAACGAGUGCGAGAUCUCUAAAGGAACGAAUUUAGUGUGUGCCUCUUUAUGCUCACGUUUGAAACCAAAACACAAUUAAAACGGUCUCAGGAUUUGUAAUCCUGGGUGUCUUCUUUAUUUGCAGCUAACAUUUUCUUCGGUUACAAAUACUUUGUACUCAGUAUGUAUUUUAUUGCGCUUAAGAGUAUGAAGGAGACCAAGUAUGAUGAUGAUAUUGGCGUGUGUAUAACUGCUGUGGUUUAUAUCAUAUAGAUACAUUACUAUACUUAAAGUCACAAGUUAUUUUUGUUAAUGUGAAAAUUAAUCAUUAUUAUAUAAGAUUGACUUUAGGUCAUAUGGAAAUCUUAAUUUAUAUUUUUUUCCUGCAUAUUCUGAAUGUAUUAUAUUUAGGGAUGCAUAUCGUUAGGAUUCUAUCGAUGUCGAUAUUGAUACUCCUUAUCGAUGCCGAUAUUUAUCAACUCUUAUCGAUAUGUUUGUAUGUAAUUUGAUUGAAGUAAAGAUCUGAACAAGAAGAUAAAAA